GGCUUUAUUGACGUAGGAACUAGUCGAUUCCCCUCGAUUAGGGUAUUCGUUUAUGCCUUUGCCCCACACUGUCUGCUCAGCUACCGAAGAACUUGUGCAUUCAGGAUUUAGCAUUUAAGGACUCAGUCGAGACGAGGGGGCGGAGAGAUUCGAAUCACAGCAAAAACAAUGACGACAGUUGUUCCCACCUCUGAAGAAGAUCCUUCGCUCGCGAUCGUCCGUUUCACUUCCCAGCUUGCCUGGGCCAAUGCGGGCCCUGAGGCUGCAGAGCCUCAAGUUACAAGGCUAUGCAGGGAGGCAGAAGAGUCUAUAGUAGCAGGAAGGUGGCUGGAUUUGGCGACGUUGAUGGUAACUUCAGCUGACUUGGUUUCAUCCAAGAUCUCUGACAAGGAUCUUGAGUGCACCUACACCACAAUUUGCAGCCUUGUCAAGAAUGUGAACAGCCCUGAGGAAGUUCUUGAAAUGGUGAAAGUGAUCGCUUCUAAGGUUGUUCAACAGCCGAAUGACAAAGCUUCAUUGCGUUUGAAAAUUCUCUUCAAUCUAUAUAACCUGCUGGACCACCCAAAUGCUCGUUUCCAAGUAUACAUGAAAGCUCUGGAACUAGCUGUAAGCGGGAAGGUUACUGAGUCUAUAGUGCCUUCCUUUAAGAAGGUUGACAGCUUCUUGAAAGAGUGGAAUAUUGAAAUCAAAGAUCAGAGGGAACUAUUUCUUGCCAUUGCUAAUGUGCUUAGAGAAAAUAAAAGUUUGGCGAAAGAAUCGCUUCAGUUUGUGACAAGAUACUUGGCGACUUUCUCAAAUGAGGAUGCCCAUGUCCUGAGUGAAGCCAAAGACGAAGCUGUACGAGCAGCUAUUGAUUUUAUCAAGGCUCCCAGUAUUUUUCAGUGUGAUUUAUUAGACAUGCCAGCCGUCGCACAACUGGAGAAGGAUCCUAACAGUGCACUAGUUUACCAGCUACUUAAGAUCUUUCUUACUCAGAGGCUGGACGGGUACAUGGAAUUCCAAAAUGCAAAUUCAGGAUUUCUGCAAACCUAUGGGCUUGUUGAGGAAGACUGUGUAGCGAAGAUGAGAUUGUUGUCACUGGUGGACUUCGCAUCAGAUGAAUCUGGCAAAAUACCAUAUGCCUCUAUCAAGAACAUUCUACAGGUAAAUGACGAGGAGGUUGAGUUGUGGGUGGUUAAGGCAAUAUCUGCGAAACUGGUUGAUUGCAAGAUGGAUCAGAUGAACCAAUUUGUAAUCAUCAGUCGCUAUGUGGAGUGUGAAUUUGGACAAACGCAAUGGCAAUCUCUUAGAACAAAGCUUGCAGCUUGGCGGAUAUCGUCAACGAUGGCGAAUAUGCCGAUGGAUAUCGUCAACGAUGUAUUCCUCCGUCUCCCCGCUUCUACGCUGGUACGAUGUCGCGUCCUCUCGAAGCCUUGGUUCACUCUUAUAGACAAUUCUGACUUCCUAGCGUCGCAUCUCAAGCGCACGCUCGAAACCGAAGAGCACCUCAUGAUCCUGCUGCAAUCUCAUCGCCUUCUACGUACCGUGUACCUCGACGGACCGGAUAAACUCUCAGACGUCGACCAUCCUUUGCAAACCGGUAAUUUCACGAAGGUUUUCGGUUCGGUUAACGGUGUGAUCGGUUUAACGAACUCUCCCGUCGUCUUAGCGCUUUUUAAUCCGUCAACCCGGACAAUCCACCGGUUACCGAUUGAGCCUAUUGAUUUCUCGGAACGUUCCAUCACACUCGAGUAUGUGUUUUACGGAUUAGGUUAUGAUUCGAUGAGCGACGAUUACAAAGUUGUGAGGAUGGUUCAGUCUAAGCAUAAAGACUAUGAAGGUUAUCCUCUCCAAAUGAAAGGUUAUCCUGUCGAAACCAAAGUUUUCAGCUUAAAGAGUAAUUCGUGGAAGAGAAUCCAUCUUUGUUUUGAGGUUCAGAUUCCUUUCAUGUUCUUCUAUUACCAUGUGCUGUAUCGUCGUGGGAAUGGUGUUCUUGCUAGCAAUAGUCUUCACUGGGUCUUGCCUGGAAACCCUCUCGCCCUCACCAAGAUAAUGAGAUUUGAUCUUGCCACUGAUGAUCUUAGUGUCCUCAGUGGCCCACUGGAGCUUUGCCAUGAAGUUAUGAAUUUAGGUGUGUUAGACGGCUGCCUUUGUUUGAUUUGUCACGACUACCACAACAUCAGGAAUGGCCAUGUGGAUGUUUGGAUUUUGAGGGAAUACGGAGGAUCUUGGAGUAAAUUCAUUACUGUGCCGAAACCAGAGACUGUGGUGUCGUUUAAGUUUGUGAGACCUUUGAUAUAUUCCAAGGACAGGAGCAAGAUUCUCCUGGAGAUAAACAGUGGGAAGCUCAUGUGGUUUGAUUUGGUGGAUAAGAGUUUUGAAACGCUUGAAAUAAAGGGUUGUAAGGGUCCACGUAACGCGGAGAUCCUCGUGAGUAGCCUUGUUUUGGGAUGUAAAAGUGUUUCUGGCAGAGCUCCAGAGAAGAGAAUGUUGCAAAAGGGUAACAAAAGUUGGUUUGCUCAUCUUUGUAGCCUUGUUUUGGGGUGUAGAGGUGAUCCUCGAGAAAAGGAAAUAAUGGUGAAGGGUAGCAAAAGGUGGGGAGGUGGUUUUCUGUCCAAGGGAUUCAAGCUCAAGUUCUGAGCAAAGCAUGGGAACUUUGAAGCCCAAACCUUCGUCAAGGUAACUGUAAUAAAUCUAAUGCUCAUGAAAUGUUUCCCUCAAGCUGGUAUUCUUCUUUCACUUUUCGAUGUGAGAUUCCAUUCUUAACCUGCUUACAAUUAUUGUAGCCUUUUUAUCCAUAGUGACGUUAAUCGUUGAAAUAAAUAUUAAUCGUAGUAACUGCACAUGUUUUA